AUGGCAGUACCUUCUAACGAUCAUCCAAGUGUGCCGGCCAGCACGCCUGGUGCUCUUGCAAGGAGAGGGCUGGAACCUCUUUCACGUCAAAACUACAAAGUUGCACAUCAAAAGAUAUCAAUAGAUGUUGAUUUGGAAAACAAUGUUAUAACAGGUACAACAGAGCUUAUAGUGAUACCGACAGAGCCUGUUUUAAGACAAGUGAAACUAGACAGUCGUCAACUUGAGGUUUCUGAAGUUUUUGUCAAUAAUAGAAGAGCUAAUUUUGCUUAUGAAGAUAGAUUACAUUCUGAAUAUUCUGCUUUCAAAGAUCAUACUGAUGAACCAAUUGUUAAUGAUAUCACACAACAUCAUUUUUAUAAAAAUAAGUUCAAGGAAAUGUUUUCUGGGGAAAAUACCGAAGAAUUGGUCAUAUUCAUGCCAGAAAGAAUGAAGUUAACAUUACAUGAUCCAUCCACAAUCCAUUCUUUAACUCCUUCUUAUAGAGAAUCACCAGGUAGUCACAGAACUUCCACAGCCACAGAAGCAGUAUACACUCCAGUUAAUAUCAAAAUUGAGUAUAAAUUGAAAAAUCCAAAAUCAGGUCUUGUAUUUGUUGGUGGUAAAGGUACUCAACUACCCAGAUCUGAAUGGCAUGCUUUCACUUCUAAUCCAGAUAUCGGUGUCAGUACUUCUUCUUGGGUUCCUUGUGUCGAUAGUUUAUGGGAGAAAUCUACUUGGGAACUAGAAAUUAGUAUACCCAGAACUGUUAAAGAUAUAGGUGUUUCAAGGAUAAUAGGAUCCAAUUUCCAAGAGAAAGAUAUAAAUAUGGAUGAGGAGGAAGAAGGUGAAAAUAACAAUGAUCUUGUCGUGGUUGGUGGUGACUUUAAUAAUCAAAAGGAGACUGCACAUACGAUUGAUAUGGCUAAAAAAUUGGUUUCAUUUUCAAUAUUCAACCCUACAUCUGCUCAACAUAUUGGGUUUUCAGUUGGCCCAUACGUUCAGUUACCUUUGUUGAAUUUACAAGAAGAAGAAGAGCCAGAUCUACAGGAAGAAAAAGACACAACAGCUGUUCCAUGCUCCAUAUAUUGCUUACCUCAUCAACAAAAUGAUGCUAUUAACACAACCAUUUUCCUUUAUAAAGCAAUUGAUUUUUAUUCGAGAGAAUUUGGAUCAUUUCCAUUUACAAGUUAUGCUUUGGUGUUUGUUUCAGAUAUUAGUGUUGAACUAUGUGGAUUUGCAGGUCUUUCAAUAUUAAGCAAAAAUUUGCUUUACGCUCCUAAUGUAAUUGAACCUAUAUACACAAGCACAUACAAAUUGUCAGUUGCAUUAUCAGAACAAUGGUCUGGGAUAAAUGUUGUUCCAAAGACUUUUAAUGACUUUUGGGUCACACUAGGUAUUGCCCAUUAUAUGGCACAACAAUUUACCAAGAAAUUGAUGGGUACAAAUGAAUAUAAAUACAGAGUUAAAAAACAAGCUGAUAGAAUUUGUGAAGAGGAUAUUGGGAGAAGACCACUUGCAGAACCAUUUCUGACAUAUCCAAUUUCAACCCUUGAUUUUGAAUUUUUGGAAUUGAAAUCACCAAUCGUUUUGUUCAUCUUGGAUAGACGAAUGACAAAGACUGAUAAAUCUUUUGGGUUAUCAAGAGUUAUACCUAAGAUCUUUUUACAAGCUAUGUCUGGUGAUCUUGCUAAUGGAUGCUUAAGUACAUAUCACUUCCAACAUGUAUGUGAAAAAGUGAAUCAUAAUAGGUUAGAAUCAUUUUUCAGGCAAUGGGUGUAUGGAUCCGGAGUUCCAAUCUUUAGAGUUACACAAAGAUUCAACAAGAAAAGAAUGUUUAUUGAAAUGGGUAUAAGGCAAGUUCAACAUCAAGAGACUGAGAAUCAGCAUCCUUCACCUGAUACAUUUAUAUCAGAAGCUAGAAGACAACAGGAAACCACUGAUGCACAAGUUCCCGCUACUUUAUUUACCGGACCAAUGACUAUUCGUAUCCAUGAAGCUGAUGGUACACCGUAUGAGCAUAUAGUUGAUUUGAAAGAAGGAUUCACCAAAUUAGAUAUACAAUACAACACCAAAUACAAACGUUUAAAAAGAAGUCAAAAACAACAAAAGUCUGAUAAAGAUAAACCUGAACCUGAUGAAGAUGAAACUGUUUUACUCCAUUGUUUGGGUGAUAUUUUACAAUCUGAUCAAGAAAUUAAAGAAUGGGACUUGACAGAAUGGACCAAAGAAGAGGAGGAAAAGAUGAACAAUGAAGCGUUCGAAUGGAUUAGAGUUGAUGCUGAUUUUGAAUGGAUUUGUAAAAUUCAUAUAAAUCAACCUGAUUAUAUGUAUGCUUCACAAUUACAACAAGAUCGAGAUGUGGAGGCACAAUUGGAAUCAAUCAAUUAUUUUUCUAUUGCAAAUCCAAGUACAUUAUACUCUUCAAUUUUAUUGAGAACCUUAUUGGAUUCACGUUAUUAUUAUGGUGUUAGACUAGAAGCUGCAAAAGGUAUGGCAAAAUAUGCUAAGGAGAAAUCAAAUUGGAUUGGUCUCAAGCAUCUAUUGACUGCAUUUAAAAGGUUGUAUUGUUUUGAAAACUCCUCCAUCCCUUUCCCUAAUGAAUUUUCAGAUUUUCCAUCUUAUUUUUUAAAGAAGGCAAUCCCUGAAGCUCUAUCAACAAUUCAAGACAAGAAUAACAAUUGUCCACUUGAAGUUAGAAGAUUUUUGUUAGAUAUAUUGAAGUUCAAUGAUAACCUCAAUAAUCCAUAUUCGGAUGCUUUUUAUGUGAGUCAUUUGAUAACGUGUCUUGUGAGAUCUUUAACCUCAAAUGUUCUUAUUGAUAAUAACUCAAAAUUGAAUUCAACUGAUAGAGAGUUUUUAAACAACGCUGUUGCUGAAUUGUCAAGACAUCAAAAAAUGGAUGAAUGGAUUCCAUCAUACAAUUCCCUAAUUGGCGUUUCAGCGUUCAACGAAAAAUUGAAACUAGCAAGAAAAGGGUUAUUAGAAUUAGAUCCUGAUUAUCUUUUUGAACACACCAAAGAAAACUAUUUCCCAGAUGUAAGAAUUACAGCGUUUCAAGGUUUAUUUCAAUCUGGUGGUUUAAAAAAUUCAAGAAUACUCCAUUAUUUUUUCCUACUGACAAGUUUUGAAAAAUCACCAUACAUGAGACAUAAGCUCAUUGAGGCAUUUGCUCAAUCAUUUGGUGUAGUCGUGAUUGAAGGUGGAUCAACUGAUGUUGAUGAGGAUGAAUUGACCCAUGAUAUUGAAAUUGAGAAAAAGACAAAAGAGACUGAUACGGGGCUGGUUGUGAUUGAUGAAGGUGCUAAAGAUCAAUUCGAAACCAGAAAGGAUGCAUUUGCUAAAGCCACUUUAAAAGGUGCGAUUGAGUUAUUAAGAAGAGAUUAUAGUGAGUUUAAGCCUUUAAGAGAUGAGCUAUGGAAUGCACUAAGAAACCCACUUUUCAGCAUUCCAGAGAGAAGAGCUUUAUUUGACGUUGUUGCUGUCUUGAUACCAGUAUAUGAUGUUCUUGUUGCUAAAUUCAAGUUACCAAGAGCUAAAAAGGUUGCAGCUCAGAAUCUGGGUGGUGGUGGUAAAGUGCUAUUAAAGAGAGAAGGUCAUUUCAAAAUUUCGUUGUCAAAGAAACUCACCAUCAACACCAAAACACCAGCUCCAAGUAUACCAAGAAGAAAAUCUAUCACACCAAAAGCUCCAGUGAUAAAACUUACUCAUAAGAGCUCACAAUCGCCUGCUCCAGUUGAACCAAAAUCUCAACCAUACAAAGCUGAGAUUAGAAAAUCCAAAUCAGGUCCUCUACGUUAUGUUAAAAUCAACUCAAACAAGAAAGCUAUUGUUGUUUCAUCAGAUCCUUUAAGACGCUCAAAGAAGAGUUCUAGUGCCAAUGUUGUCAAAGAAAAGAAACCAGAAGUUCCUGCAAAACCUGCUGCUAAGAUUCCAAAAUUCAAUAUAAUGAAACCAAAAGCACCAGAGGCUCCAAAGCCUAAGGCACAAGACCCAAUAAAGGAAGAACCAGAAGUAAGCUCAAAACCUAAACUUAAAUUGAAAUUCAAAUUUGGUAAUGACUAG